UUCCAAAAUUAAAUCCACUGUCCAACUUGUAUUCAUGUCUUACAAAAUAAAACUAGAGAAAAUGAAAAAUCUGUCGUUCUUUCUCUCACCAAACUCAAAUCAAACCUUAGAAAAUGAAAAAUCUGCCAUUCUUUCUCGCACCAAUCUCCAAUCAAACCUCAGGAAAUUCAAUCCUUUGGAAUUAGUCAAAGUCUUCGCCUUUCCUCCUCAUCUCUCUUACUCUUCCCCCUUUUAACCCUACCUCUAAUUUCAUCAUACAAACAUCUGAAACUCAAGCUUAUCGCUUUUCUCUGCUUUCAAAAAGCUUCCAAAAUGGCCUCUGAAAGUCUCCAAUUAUCUUUGAAACUUGUUUCUUUAUCCCUUCUUUUCACCCUCUCAUCAGCUAUCAUUCCUUUGGGCUCGACCCUGUACGCCUCAAACUUGAACGCGUCUUGGUACUCUCCCAACGGCACCUUUUUAGUCUCCUUCAUUGAAGAAGGCCCCUCGGCCUUCUUCGCCGCUAUCACUUAUGCUGGCGGAGUUCCAGUUUGGAAAGCUAGUCAACGCGCCGUUGACUCAUCCGCGUCCUUUCAUUUGCUCCCCAGUGGGACUCUCCGCCUCGUCAACGGCUCCGGAGCCACCGUCUGGGACUCCAACACCCAGAACCGGAAUGUUUCUUCAGCUUCCAUUGAUGACUCCGGCAAUCUUGUGCUGCUAGGUAACAAUUCUGCUUCAAUUUGGUCCUCUUUUGAUCACCCAAGUGAUACUAUUAUUCCUUCUCAGAAUUUUACUUAUGGGAAAGUUUUGGAAUCUGGGAUUUAUUCUUUUACUCUUCGUCAAUCGGGGAACCUUACAUUAACAUGGAAUAAUAGUAUAAUUUAUUGGAAUAAUAGUUUAAAUUCAUCCAUUCAGUCUAAUUUAACUUCACCCGUUUUAAGAUUGCAAUCUAUAGGGAUUUUAUCUAUAUUUGAUCCAACGAUACCUAGUGCAGUUAUUGUGGCUUAUAGUAGUGAUUAUGCAGAAGGGAGUGAUAUAUUGAGGUUUUUGAGGUUGGAUACUGAUGGGAAUUUGAGAAUUUACAGUUCUGCUAGAGAUAGUGGGACUACUACUGUAAGAUGGGCUGCUGUUGAUGAUCAGUGUCAAGUUUAUGGGUAUUGUGGGAAUAUGGGUAUUUGUAGUUACAAUGAUACCAGUUCAGAUCCAGUCUGUAGGUGUCCAAGUCAGAAUUUUGAGUUUGUUGAUGCUAACGAUAGUAAGCAAGGAUGUAAGAGGAAAGUUGAGAUUGCGGAUUGUCCUGGAAGUGCUACUAUGUUGGAGUUGCCGCAUACGAAGUUCUUGACGUUUGCACCUGAAUUGACAUCUCAGGUUUUCUUUGUAGGGAUAUCGGCUUGUAGAUUGAAUUGUUUAGUUACUGGAUCUUGUGUUGCUUCUACAUCGUUAUCAGAUGGUUCAGGGUUGUGUUACUUGAAAACACCAGAUUUUGUGAGUGGCUUUGAGAAUCCAGCUCUUCCUAGUACUUCAUAUGUUAAGGUUUGUGGACCAGUGGUACCAAACCCUUCAAUUAGUACACAGGUUUUGGGGAAUAGCAAAAUUUGGAGGUUGCGUGUUUGGAUUGUUGUGGUAGUGGUCUUAGCCACCCUUUUCGUUUUAGUUGCAUUGGAGGGUGGUUUGUGGUACUGGUGUUGCAGAAAUAGUACUAAAUUUGGAGGUUUGUCAGCACAAUAUGCACUUCUUGAGUACGCCUCUGGUGCACCUGUGCAAUUCUCAUAUAAGGAGCUGCAACGCUCAACGAAGGGGUUUAAGGAGAAGCUUGGUGCUGGAGGUUUUGGGGCUGUUUAUAGAGGGAUUCUUGCUAAUAAAACAAUUGUUGCUGUGAAACAACUAGAGGGGAUUGAGCAAGGCGAAAAACAGUUUAGGAUGGAGGUUGCUACUAUUAGUAGCACCCAUCAUUUAAAUUUGGUGAGGUUGGUUGGCUUUUGUUCCGAAGGAAGGCAUAGACUUCUGGUAUAUGAGUUCAUGAAAAAUGGUUCUCUUGAUAACUUCCUUUUUGUGAACGAAGAGCAGUCUGGGAAAUUGUUGAAUUGGGAGUCUAGGUUUAACAUUGCUCUUGGUACUGCCAGGGGAAUUACAUACCUUCAUGAGGAGUGUAGAGACUGCAUUGUUCAUUGCGACAUAAAACCAGAAAACAUUCUCUUGGAUGAAAGCUACAAUGCAAAAGUGUCAGAUUUUGGCCUUGCAAAGCUCAUAAAUCCAAAGGACCAUAGGUACAGAACUUUGACUAGUGUUAGAGGUACACGGGGAUAUUUGGCGCCAGAAUGGCUUGCAAAUCUUCCAAUAACUUCUAAAUCUGAUGUUUAUAGUUAUGGGAUGGUUUUGUUGGAGAUAGUGAGUGGGAGAAGGAAUUUUGAGGUCUCACAAGAAACUAAUCGAAAAAAGUUUUCUCUGUGGGCUUAUGAAGAGUUUGAGAAGGGGAAUAUCAACGGCAUUGUUGACAAAAGGGUAGCCGAAGAUGUGGAUAUGGAUCAAGUAAUGAGGGCAAUUCAGGUAAGCUUUUGGUGCGUCCAAGAGCAACCAUCUCAGAGGCCAAUGAUGGGGAAAGUGGUUCAAAUGCUUGAAGGAAUUAUGGAGAUUGAGCGGCCACCAGCACCGAAGGCAUUAACAGAAGGUUCUUUAAGUGGAACCAGCAUGAAUAUGAGCAGUAAUUUCAGUGCUCUAUCAACUUUUGCAGCCUCAGCGCCUGCUCCCUCUUCAUCUUCAUCAUUACAAGCCGGAGUUUCGCCUUUACCUUCAGAUAGAAAUUUAGAUAAGGCAUCUUCAUCUCUGCUACGAUCAUCCGACCCAAAUUGAAGCUCAUGUCACUCUUAUAUCACUUCUACUUAUUUUGUUUCUACUACUACAAAUCGCAGUUUGUAGAAAGAAUUGUUUCUCAAAUGUCAAAUGUGAUAUCUAUAUCAGAAUAUUCGUAGUAUAUAUCAAUAUGGUGCAUGUUUGAAUUGCCUGUACAAAGUUCUACGCCAGUUCAUUCAAGAAAUCAUGUAAAUUCCAUUUUUAUCC